CAAGACACACAUGCCGUAUGUCUGCCAGUGCCAGCGUCAUCGCAGGGAUCAUCAUGCGCGAUCUGGCGCGCUCCCAAUUGGAUUUCCGACGCGCAUCGUGCGGAGCCGGAUUCGCGACGAAUGAGAUCUGCAAACAGCUAUAGAUGAAACCACCAAUUUGUCCCUCCUACAACACAACACAUGCGUGCUGCUGGCGAGCCGACUGCCUUGGCUAUUUAGAGGAGGUUUUAUAUGGGGGAUAUCGCCACGUAUAGAGAGAGGCGAGGGAGGACCAGCGCCCAAAAGGGAAUCGCACACCCCUCGUGACAGGACGGACAAUGAAUUUCGUCUUGCCACCUAAAUUGUCUUCUGUGCAACUGAAGAGCAUUGCAAGGUUAUGCGGUAAAAGCAGGUCCGGCACCAAGGCAGUCAUCGCAGAUCGCAUUGCAGAGGACCUGAAGACCUUCCAGCCUCUUGCCCCAGGCACGCGAGUGCUGAGCAUAGACCUGGGCAUUCGAAAUCUUGCCUAUAGCCUGCUAGAAGUUCCCCACCCCAACAAUGGGACACCUGGCAAGACCUCAAAAUGGGCUAGGAAGUCAUCUUGGGAAAGGAAGAAAGACACCGCCCCGUCGUCUGCAGCGCUCAAAGAGCCAAGGCUGCUCGCUUGGGAACGAUUAGCUCUGAUGCCCAAGGCCGAGAAAGCUGUGCCACCCGGUGGAAGUACCAAGAAAUCCCGUAAGAAAGCCAAGGCAGACGAGGAAGCCGACGCAGACCAGCAAGAUGAAGAAGUCCUCCCCAAGAGGGGCCGGAGGAAAUCCAAAACAGACGCAACCACCGACCCAAGACAUCAAGCCGCAGAAGACCCCACAGCCGCGGCCAGCCCGGCAACGACCCCAGUACUCGUGGAGGACUUCUCGCCCGCGCGCCUGUCCGCCCUGGCGGUGGACCUGGUCCUGAACCGGCUGCUCCCCCUCCGCCCGGACGUGGUGAUACUGGAGCAGCAGCGGUUCCGGCAGAUGGGCGGGUCGGGCGUGUACGAGUGGACGCUGCGGGUCAACAGCCUCGAGUCGAUGCUGUACGCGCUGCUGACGCUGCUGCGCGAGCUCGGCCGGUGGGACAGCCCCGUGGGGCGCAUCGAGCCCGUGGUGGCGCGCAACGUGCUCGAGUUCAUGGGCGCGCGGGCCCGGCUUGCCGGCUUUGACGUCGGGGAUAUCUGGGCCCGGCACCGGGGCGCGGAGGACAAGACCGACAACAAGAAGGUCAAGAAGGAUAUCAUUGGGAGGAUGCUGGCCUCGGCUGGUCUGGAUGUUGCUGAGCCGGCAAGGCUCGUUGCUGCCGUGUACCUGAACGAGUGGCAGGGGAAGAAUAGCUUCCUGCGCAAGGCUGAUAGGAUGAAGAAGCUGGACGAUCUGGCUGACUGCUUGUUGCAGGGCCUAGCUUUCAUACACUGGCAGAACAACAAGAGGCUGCUCUUGGAGGGAGGUGUUGAUGCCCUCCACGACCAGAUGUUGGAAUGA